AUGGCCUAUUCUUAUUUACUCUUGCAUGCAAGCUUUGCAGGCACUUCUAUGUGCAUGGUCUCGAAUCGCGCCGCGUAUUACGCCGAAGCGGAACUACUGCCCCCUCAUUAUAACACAAUCACAACCUCGGAUUCAAAUCUAUAUUCGCCGACUCCAUAUAGUCCUCCAAUGCCGGUACAUCCAAAUACCAAUUCUGACUUUAUCUUAAGCCCUGAAAACGGUCCAAAUGGCGGUUCUGGUGUCGGUUUUGGGGCUUACAUGGAUCUCCCUCCAUGUCACGCUGGGUCCUUUCAGUCCUGUAUAACACAUACGCCCCACAUAAUAGACACAGAUUCCACUCCAAGAGCCUGGAAUCCGGACAGUAACUCAGUUCAAUAUGACAACUGUCAAUCAUCGCCUAGCAUUGGCCAUGAAACAGCUGAUAUCACAAUAACUAAGGAUGCUGAACUGGCUGAACGUGACUCAUCCUCUCAGCCCGAUGCUAAUCAGUCUUCAAAAUCCGAGUCCAAUACGAAAACCAAUGCAAAUCCGAGUCAUCCUUUCAUGUUCAAUAACAUUGAAGAUGCCUUUCGCUAUCCAUGCUAUGGAGAAGGUUGCAAUAAGACGUUUGCACGCAAGGAGCAUGCCACACGGCACUACAGAACGAAACAUGAGAAAAGUACAAAAUAUCUGACUUGUGAAUUCUGCGGAAAGAAUACUUUUAACCGAUCGGAUAAUCUAAACGCCCAUCGAAAGCUACAUGCCAGAUCAAGACCGAGGAAUAGCAACGGCGUUCAUUUUGUCCCUGAUGCUGUUCCAGCAAUGCAGAUGAAUCGCAAGAGGGGGAGACCAAGACUAAAUGCAUAA